AUGACUGGAAUCGCGUUGCUCGGAGCAGGCAUCUUUGCGCGGGAGGAACACCUCCCCGCCAUCGAAGCCACCCCCUACCUGACCCUCAAAGCCGUCUACUCGCGCUCCCAGCACUCAGCCGAGACCCUAGCCGCCGCCUCCAAGGACCCGUCCUCCGUAGCCAUCUACUUCGACAACCCCACCGUCCCCGGCAAAUCACUCGCCGACCUCCUCCAGCGCGCCGACAUCGGCGCCGUCGACGUCGCGCUGCCCAUCCUGCAACAGCCGGCGGUCGUCGAGCAGGCGCUGCGCGCGGGCAAGCAUGUCUUGUCGGAGAAGCCGGUGGCGGGGGAUAUUGAGGGGGGCAAGGCGCUGAUUGCGAAGUAUGAGGGGUUGGGCGAGGGGAAGCCGUUGUGGGGGGUGGCGGAGAAUUGGCGGUAUAUGGAGUCGUUGAGGUAUGCGGCGGAGAGGGUGCGGGAGGUGGGUGGGGAGUUGGUUACGUUUAAACUGCAUAAGUAUGGCUCGGUGAAGGCGGAUAAUAAGUAUUUUAAUACGGCGUGGCGCAAGACUCCCGAAUAUCAGGGAGGGUUCCUCCUGGAUGGCGGUGUCCAUUUCGUGGCUGGACUGCGGUUUCUUCUGGAGGCGGCGGGCCAGGAGAUCAAGCAGCUGGUGGGAUUCAGUGGGCUGCUCGACGAGAAGCUGAUCCCCGUGGAUACUGUUCAAGCUGUGGCCCUCACGGGGAACCGCAAGAGCGGCACCAUCAUCAUUACGUUCGGCACCGAGUUCAAGUCUGGGACGGAAGUCGAGGUCGUGACGACCAAGGGUGCCGUGUCCUGGAACCCCGUCGAGGUCAAGACGGUGACGAGCAAGGGUGAGGAGAAGAAGGAGUUCCCUUCCAGCAACGGCGUCACGGAAGAGGUUGCUGCUUUUGGUGAGGCUAUCAACGCCGGCCAGAUCAACAAUCUCCAAAGUCCUCAGGAAGCUCUCAAAGAUCUUGAGAUUCUGCAGAGACUGCUCGAAUCAGGGGCUGGCGAGGGCGCGGUGAAGAGCGUCGGGUUAGCAAUGCCGUCCGCGAUUCAGGGAAAGCAAUCAGUGAAGGCAAAACUCAAGUUCAAGCCAGAACCCAAGAAUCUGACGUUGAGGCUCUUGAGUUCGACGCUCCGCGUCCUUUGCCUCAGCGCGGUCGUCUACUUUUUAUUUCUCGGACUUCUCACGAUUACACUUUUUCAGGACCACGCCAUCUAUCUUCAUGGUGUAACGCACACCGGGAGUCAAGAUGUCACCGUCGCGGAGCAAUGGGGAUUCCUCCCGAACCAAGUGACCCCUUUUACACUUGAGACUCCGGAUAGCAUAACACUCCACGCUUGGCACAUACUUCCGCUGGGAAUCUAUGACAAACAUCAAGAUGAGCUUGCCAGCCAGUCCGGCUUAUCAGGAAACAUCACGGACCGCACAUCUUUCAAAUUGCUCCGUGACGACCCCGAGGCGCUGCUCGUGCUUUACUUCCAUGGCGCAGCCGGCACACUCGCGUCAGGAUGGCGGCCACAAAGUUACCGAGCCAUGUCUGCUGCUGCCCCUGACAAAGUCCACACAGUCGCCAUUGACUAUCGUGGUUUCGGGUCCAGCAGCGGAGCCCCCUCCGAGCGCGGCCUCCUCACCGACGCCAUCACCGUCGCGGAGUGGGCAAUGCAGGAAGCCGGGAUUCCCCCUUCGUCCGCAUCGUCAUAUUCGGCCAGUCUUUGGGAACUGCGGUUGGAAUAUCCCUCGCGCGCAACACGUAGCGCCGUCAGGACACAUCCCACGCUCUUUGCCGGCCUGGUGCUGGUAGCGCCUUUUGCAGACGUGGAGCUCCUGACAUCCAGCUACCGCAUCGCCGGGAUCUGUGAGGGCAUGUCUGGUGACGGUCUCAAGUACCACGUCACCAUCAUUCAUGCCCAGGAUGACUACGACAUCCCAUGGUCUCACAGUGACCAGUUAUUCUGGCAUGCCGUCAACGCGUCCCGGCCCAAUGGCAUCGUCUUUCAGGAUCUGGAAGGGGAGAAGGCGAAGGGCAAGAAGAUGCUCGGGCCCGCUGAGUGGGUAGCAGAACAUCGAACAAAGGGGUUGUCAGGGAGGAGAUCACUAAAUGGGGGUUACAUGACAGGAUCAUGUCAUAUCCGAUUGUGA